GAAGCAUUUACAAAACAACAACUGCAUUAAUAACAACAACAACAACAACAGCAACGAUGAUAAAGUUAAGUCACCUUCAAUCUUUCUUUACUUCACUUAUACUAGUCUUAGUCAUUUGAAUAGUGUUGUCCAACAAAAUACAUUUAACAUUUUCUAAGCAUACUAAAUAAGUUAUACAUAUAUAUGUAUUCAGUGUACAUUUAUGUGUCUUUUAGACGUGACAUACAAGUGAUUAAUGCAAUAUACCAAAUAAAAAAAGAAAUUAUUACAAAUAUCUUCUAACUAAAUCCGAUGGAACCAGCAGAAAGAGUGGGAAGGAGAGAGAGCCUCGGAUCUCUCCUUCAUUUAUAACCACUUAGAAUACUCUUAUUACCAUAUUGGAAGUAGUGAAUGUAAAUCAAUGCACUAAAGCUGGGAAUUAUGGACCUAUUGUAAUCAGUCUAACUAUUGUAUUGUAUUGUAUUGUGUCGCAUUGUAUCUGUGCUUCUGUGUGCACAUACCUGCAAACUAACAUGCACCCAUAUGUGUGUGUGUGUCUUUUCCCCUCCUCUGUUGCAUCUCAUACACAGACACCUACACAGUCAGUAAACAUAUAUAACGGCGAAGAAUAUUUUCUGCCCAGUAUCACUCGCUAUCUUGGCAUUGUGAUAAAGCCGAAGACGAAUUGUUGGGUCCCCAUAAGAUUACAAACUUAUCAUGUACACACAUUAAAUAGAUUAAAGAUCAAAUGAGCAUUUAAACAAAUUAUUAUUGAUAUAUCAUAAAUAAAUAACUAAAGACAAACUCAGUUUACGUCCAAAUCAAUAAUAAUAACAGCAAAUGAAACUGAAUCUCAUUCAAAAAUUUGUCCUACUACCUAUUUUGAUAUUGACUGUGAACUUAGUAAAUGCACAGAUAUCUUCUCCAAACGAAGCACUUGGCCCUCAAGGUCCAAGAGGUGAUCCUGGACCACCUGGACCUGAAGGUGGGAUUGGAGCACCAGGUCCUCGUGGUCCCCAAGGUCCACCAGGUAUAGAUGGUGAACGAGGACCAGCAGGACCUACUGGCACACCUGGUACACCUGGUCGUGAUGGAAGACCUGGAGUUCCAGGAGUACAAGGUUCCCCAGGACCUCAAGGAAUUGUUGGACCACCGGGAGAACCUGGAAGUGAAGGAAGCCCUGGACCACAAGGCUAUCAAGGUCAAGCAGGAGAUAAAGGUGAUACUGGCUUUGAUGGACACAAAGGCUCACAAGGACCAAUGGGACCUCAAGGACCUCAAGGUCCAAUGGGUCCUGCUGGUCCCCCGGGGCCAGUCGGUCCACCUGGACCACCUGGCCCAAGAGGUGAAUCUGGACCGACUGGAAGAAUCGGUGCAGUAGGACCACAAGGACCAAUGGGAAGUCCUGGAAGACCAGGAUCAUCUGGACCUGCCGGACAAAAAGGAGAUCGUGGUUUGACUGGUGCUAAAGGAGAGAAAGGUGAAAAAGGUCCAACUGGACCACCUGGACAUCCUGGAUUGAGUAAAGAGCGAGGGAUUCAGGGUGAAAUAGGUCAUGAUGGCCGUCCAGGUGUCCGAGGUGAACCAGGUCAAAGAGGACCUGAAGGAUCUAUGGGAGUAUCAGGACGACCCGGUGAGAGAGGUACAAUGGGACGUUCAGGACUUCAAGGUCCUAAAGGCGCGCAAGGCGAACCGGGUUCAGUUGGAGUAGAAGGACCAACAGGACCCCAAGGUCCAAAGGGUGAGAAAGGUCAGUUGGGACGUCCAGGUGAACGUGGAGAAACUGGACCUCGUGGAGAACGUGGAUUAGCAGGACCAAUUGGAAUAAAGGGUGCACAAGGUGAACUCGGAAUGGCUGGAAGCCCUGGAAGUCCAGGUCUUGAUGGACAGCCUGGACUUGCAGGAAGUCCUGGAGAACCUGGUGCUCCAGGUGAACAAGGUCUUCCAGGUCCUCCCGGCCCGCCAGGACGUCCAGGUCUAGAUGGAGCCCCAGGUGUUCGUGGUGAAAAUGGUGCCCAUGGAAUGAAUGGAGUGCCUGGAGUGAAAGGAGGAUCAGGACCAGUUGGACCGGUUGGUUUACCAGGAGCAAGUGGAACACCUGGACAUGCUGGACCAAUGGGACCUAUGGGUCAAGUAGGACCAAGAGGACCAACAGGUGCUAUAGGACCUGUCGGUGAACAAGGACUUAAAGGUGCAACUGGAUUACCAGGUGGUCAUGGUGACAGUGGAGAUAUAGGUGAUCCUGGACUUGAUGGAGAAACUGGACCAGAAGGUCCUGCAGGUGCUGUUGGCCCACCAGGCCUACCAGGUCCAGUAGGAGAUCAAGGUCCUGAAGGUCCUGUAGGUGCUUCUGGACCACCUGGACCAGCAGGUUAUGAUGGUCCACCUGGAGUGGAUGGAAAAGAUGGAUUGGCUGGCAAGGAUGGCAAACCUGGUCCUCAAGGCCCACCAGGUGAACCAGGUGCUGUAGGCAAACCUGGUCGAAGAGGUGAUCGUGGACCGCCUGGACCACAGGGUAAAAGAGGAAAAAAAGGUCAAGAGGGUGUAAUGGGACCACCAGGAGUCUAUGGUGUUAUCGGUUUAGUCGGUGUACCUGGUCCAAAUGGAGAAACUGGAGUUGAUGGUGCAGCUGGUGAUCCAGGACUUCCUGGCCUUCCAGGUACAGAUGGUCGUCUGGGUUUACGUGGACAACCUGGACUGCGUGGCCCACCUGGACUUCCGGGUGUCAUCAAGGUUCAAGCUGCUACCGCUGGUGGGACAGGAUUGCCAGGCGACCGUGGGCAUCCAGGUCCUUAUGGUCCUAGUGGAGAACCAGGAGUGAAAGGUGCGGCGGGAGAGAGAGGGCUUCCGGGUGAUGUUGGUGAUCCAGGCGAUCGAGGUCUAUCAGGCCCACCUGGGCCCCCAGGACCAGAUGGCCAACCAGGAAUCGAUGGAGAAGACGGUCCAGACGGUAGUCCAGGGGAUGACGGGCCACCUGGUCCUCCAGGUCCAUUUGGUGAACCUGGUCCAGCUGGAGAACAAGGUCCACAAGGUCCACCAGGAAAUAAAGGUGCAAUGGGAAUGACAGGUCCUCGAGGAGAAACUGGUCAAAGAGGUGCACCUGGGCCAAUGGGAGCAACAGGAGACGUUGGAGAACCUGGUCUGACUGGACCUCCAGGGUUAAACGGAAAUGUGGGGAGAAAGGGACCAACUGGUCAGCGUGGACCUCCUGGAGUAAGGGGAAAACCAGGAGAGCCAGGGGAGCCUGGUAAGCCUGGGGAAGCAGGCCCACAUGGUUAUCCAGGAUUCAUGGGACCUCCAGGUGAGCCAGGUCCAGAAGGUCCACCUGGUAGCGAAGGCAGUGAGGGUCCACCGGGAGAACAAGGACCACCUGGUAGGUACGGUGAAGUUGGCGAGAUUGGUGACCCAGGUGACCCGGGGCCACCAGGGCGUGCUGGACCACCAGGCCGCAGGGGACCUGCUGGUUUCCCAGGUGCCAGAGGUCCACCAGGAGAAGUUGGUAAACCAGGAGAACCUGGAUCUGUUGGUUCCGUUGGACGUGCUGGUAUGCGCGGACCUCGUGGAGCAGUCGGUGGUGUAGGAGUUGCUGGAAGCAAGGGUGAACAAGGACUUGCAGGUGCUGCUGGGUCUCCUGGAGAACCGGGACCUAGAGGUGAUUCUGGACAACCAGGUAUUCCAGGAAAAGAUGGUCGUCCGGGCAAACAAGGAGAACCAGGCCCGAAAGGAGCUCCAGGUGGAAAAGGACCAAUCGGCCCACCAGGGCCUCCAGGUUUGGAUGGUCCUAUGGGUUAUCCAGGUGAUCAAGGACCAAGAGGUCCUCCAGGCCCAAUAGGAGAAACAGGACCGAUGGGCCCAAGAGGUUCACGAGGUGAUCGAGGAGAUCCUGGUGAAGUUGGCCCACUUGGACCGCCAGGAAGAGAUGGUGAUUUGGGACCCCCUGGUCCACAAGGACCAUCUGGUCCUCCAGGUCUACCUGGUCCACCUGGUCAGAUAGUAUCAAUGCAAGCUCGAGCCUCAAGAACCAAGGGGAUAAUGUAUAGCGAUGACCCUGCAAUUAAAAGAAGAUUUGGAAAUAUCGCUGCAAAUGUGCCAAUGGGAACAGUGGAUGCUCCGGCUAGAACUUGCGCACACCUAGCAAGCGUACAUCCAAACAAACCAGACGGUGAAUACUGGAUUAAUCCUAUUGGUGAUAUAGUCAGUAGUUCAGUGAAAGUGAAUUGUCGUAUGAAAACUAGAGAAACUUGUAUUAAACCUAAACAAGACAAAAUUUCAGUGGAUAAACUAUCGCCUUCCCUUGUUGGCAGUCAAUUCUGGCUACAACACGAAACUCAAGUGAAUGAGUUCAAUUAUGCCAUAGAUCCAGAACAGCUUAAUUUCUUAAAGAUAACAAGUGACGCUGCUGUACAACGAAUCUAUUUCUCAUGUAGAGGCUUACUGAAUUCAGCAUCUAAUUCUACUGUAUCAUUAGCUGAAAGUAUUAGUCUCCUAGGCGAUGAUGAUUCAGUGCUGGAAAGAAAUCAUCCUCUAAGAAGAUUUAAAAUUGAAAAAGAUCAAUGUGGAAAGGUUGCCAAUGGUUACACCACUGCAUUGAUCGAUGGAAGCCCAAGUAGACUACCUAUUCGUGAUGUAUACUUGACGUAUUUCAAUGAAUUGAAUUAUGACUUAAUUCUUGGUGAUGUAUGCUAUAAAUCGUAUUUAGGAAAAGUUGUCACCUUGAAAACUAGUAAUAAUCUUCUCAACAUUUAAACUAUACACAACCACUUGAUAAAUGUAAAACAGUUCAAAUGAAAAUAUUACAGAAGGAUGAAUAGAGAGUUAGUAUAUACAGACAAACGAAAAAAAUUUCAGUGCAAGAACUGAUAAUCACUUACACAUUCUCUAUGUUAUGUUGUCUUAUGUUGUGUGUUAACAAUUUCUGUAUACAAAAAAAAAUCAGUAAAAUAAACAAAUAUUUAUUUAAAUGCUCAGUUACUGAUCUA